AUGUCGUCACGCCAGCAGGUGUGGCAUACGGCCACGCUGCCCCCCGGCCUGGGCAGCCCCACAGCCCCCCUGCCGAGGUCCCCCGGCUCUGUCAGCGACCCGAGGUCCCCCACCACCCCCAGCUCGGUCAGCGGCCUGAGGUCCCCCAGCUCGGUCAGCAACCCGAGGUCCCCCACCACCCCCAGCUCGGUCAGCAGCCUGAGGUCCCCCAGCUCGGUCAGCAACCCGAGGUCCCCCACCACCCCCAGCUCGGUCAGCGGCCCCAGGUCCCCCGGCUCGGUCAGCGGCCUGAGGUCCCCCAGCACCCCCGGCUCAGAGAAGGUGGCCUCCCCAUUGGAGUGCUCCAUCUGCUUCUCUGGCUACGAUAACAUCUUCAAGACACCCAAGGAGCUGUCCUGCACCCAUGUCUUCUGCUUGGAGUGCCUGGCACGGCUGGCGGCCGCCCAGCCAGCUGGCCGGCCGGGCAGUGAGGCUGUGCCCUGCCCGUUCUGCCGGCAGCCCACCGCCGUGCCCGCCGACGGCGCCCCCGCGCUGCGCACCAGCCGCCAGCUGCAGGCCAAGAUGCCGGCACACCUGCGACAGGAGGAGCCGGUGUGGCUGGAAGGCACCAAGCUGUGCUGCUGCCUCCCCCCCUCCGCGCCCGGCCUGGCGGCCCCCGGCUUCGUGUGUGUGGACGUGGGCCUGAGCAAGCCGCCCGAGCCCGCCGUGCCCGCCCCCAGCCCCAGCCCCAGCGGCCGCCCCCGGGGCCGCCUGGCCCGCUGCUGGGCCCGCUGCGGGGACUGGAAGCGCAUGGCGCUCAUCACGGCCCUGCUGCUGGCGCUCUUCUGCGUGGUGCUCUGGCCUGUGCAGUGCGCGCUCAGGACCGGGAGCCUGCACUGCCUGACCCGGCCGCCUGCCGUCGCCGCGCCCACCACCGUCAGCUACCCAGCCACCUUCCCUCUCGGGCCGCUGGCCGACGACUAG